AUGUUUCUCUGCAAAACGAAACCCACCGACAAGUGGCUGGACGCCCAGUGCGACGGCACGGCAGCCUUGCAUACCCUUCCGGCCUGUAUGACGCUGUGCGAUCUGAAGAACGAUCACUACUACCAGCUGGUCAUCGUCGAUGUGCCGAUGUUCGAUUUUGAUGUCAAACCGAAGCUGAAGGUGUACAAGGGAACUAAUCUGGUCAGCGAGCAACACCUUCCGGGCAUUCCCUGUGCCGUCGAGAGUCUCUACAUCAACGAUCAGGAGCCCCGUACACCUAUAAUUGCCGUGGCGGUGGAGUCGUCCGUUCUCUUCUAUCGCAAUAUGAAGCCUUACUACAAGUACACCAUCCCAAGCAUGACCGUGGAACCGCUGGAGAUUGACGUGUGGAAGAAGCUUCCGAUCGAGCGAGGGGAUGCGCUCGACGCACUGAUCGACAGUUUACGCUCCAUCGAACCCACGCAAAUGACACUGCAGACGCAGGAACUGCUAGGUCUGCCGGAGAGUGAACGCGGUGGCUACAUAAAGGCGAACGCCGAGCGGAAGCUGGAACGGCUCUCCAUCGUCACCGCCAUGACGAGCAUCAAGAAGGCGUCGACCGAUCCGAAAGCCGCAUCCUGUCUCAUACUGGCCACCGAGUCCGGCGAGCUGCUCCUCCUCGACACGCAAGCCUUUGUCGUGCUGGCGCAGGCGAAAGUUGGCCCAUUCCAGGGCACGCCCAGCAUGAUCUCCGCCAGCGGUCAAUACGACGUCGACUAUCGGGUGGUGAUAGCAACCCGCGAGGGUUCGCUGUACUUACUGCGCAAAGGGUGGCUCGCAGGGCAACAUAUCGUGAAGCUCGAGGCACCGGCAGCCGGUCUUUCACUGCUUCCGAUCGAUCAGACGAUCGUCGUCGUUUGUAUGAACCAGUCGCUGCUGUGCUACUCGAAGAAGGGAAAGAAGCUGUGGACGGUGAGGCUGCCACAGCCGGCCGUCUGCAUGACACCGGUGUGUCUACCGCAUCUCGGUAUCAACCUCGUGUGCGUGGGGUUGAAGGGUGGACUGGUGCAGUUCUACAGCCAGAAGAAGCUCGUGGAUCAGUUCUACGCACCGGAGUCCGUCUCGGCGCUAACGUUCGGCCGACUCGGGCAGGAGGAGCACGUGCUCAUACUGGUCACCAUCGAUGGUUCACUAAUAGUAAAGAUCCUCAAACGGACGGCCGCGUUCGUGACGACCGAGAACAUCUACGACACGAAGAGCGCAACCGAAGAGGCUGAUGAGCCACCCGGAAACCUGCAAAUACCGAAGAAGACCAAAAUUUUUGUGGAGCAAACACUCCGCGAGAAGGAACACGCGGCCACCAUUCACAAUUCCUUUCAGUCGGAGCUUUGGCGAAUGCGGCUCACGACGGCCCGCGCCACGGUGGAUGUGAUCAACUCGGCCGAUAGCAACAUGUCGACGGUGGACGUUGGUCUGGCCCCGCUCAAGCUGGCGGCGGAAGUGCUCGGUCUCGGGCCAGUGUUUAAGCUGUUUCUGAUACUUGAAAACAUUUCCACCCGAAAGGAGGCAACGGGUUUGAACGUGCUAAUACAGGCCGAUCAUCGUCACUACAUCGUGGAGCGACCGUACCAACGGUUGCCGAUGCUUGUGCCCGGCGCACCGAUUCGAUUGGAUUUCCGCGUGACCGUGACGGUGGAGCCGGCGGACGGUUUACCACCGGUUGAUUUGACGCCGGAAAAUUCGUGCAUUAAAGUGUUGGUUUUCAAAACGGGACAGGCCAAACCCCUCAUCGCGUCGACGGUCGUUAUGCCGCAGCCGGAGCCGCAAAUAAUAAACUCGUUCUAGAGGGAUGAGCAAUCGGUGCAGACCGACGCCAGAU